GAGCGCCCCGUCCUCCAACCCCUCACAAUAAAGAGGCAUAGAAGAGUUGUAUGUCUCCCAACCCCUCACAAUAAAGGGGCUUACAGGUAUAAUAUAACAAAAAUAUCCUUAUUGUUUUGCCAGAACUGGAUUAACUACAGUACCAACCCAGGCACAUAUUCUGAGAGAGUAUAUUAUAUUUUAAAAAAUCAUGACCUCAUAUUACCUUCUACCUACCUGGACCACCCACAUUUUCAAUUAGAAAUCCUUAGCACAGAACAUAGCUUAGACUACAAUGCUCUUUCAUGGUUAUUACUAAUUCAAUUGGAAAUACUGAUACAUAAUUAACUUUAUCAUUGUGUUGCCAAUUAUUAACCUUAACAAUCACCACAGGUACAGCCAAAUUCUAAACAGCAGACUUCUCAUUUCAAGAUGUCAUGCACAACGUGCCACCUUGCACAACAAGCAAAUUGUGCAACUUCAAGGUAGACGGUUGUAGGCUACUACGUAGAAUUUGAUCAUUUGUCUCUACUGCUGGUGGCUGUUGUGUUCUGUCCAGAAACUGUCUCUUUAAAGAACAAUCCGCAAAUAUGGGAGAGUGGGGAUUCCUGUCAUCACUGCUGGACAAGGUGCAGUCACACUCCACGGUCGUCGGUAAAGUUUGGAUGACUGUCCUGUUUAUCUUUAGGAUCAUGGUCCUGGGUGCCGGGGCAGAGAAGGUGUGGAGCGAUGAGCAGUCUAGUAUGAUCUGCAAUACCAAACAGCCCGGCUGUAAGAACGUGUGCUACGACCACGCCUUCCCCAUCUCCCACAUCCGUUUCUGGGUCCUUCAGAUCAUCUUCGUCUCCACCCCAACGUUAGUGUAUCUGGGACAUGUCAUGCACGUCAUCCACAAGGAAAACAAACUGAGGCAAUGGCUAAGUCAGGCAGGAAAUGAGAUGGGGAAAAUGCCUAAGUAUUCUGAUGAGAAGGGUCAUGUCAAAAUCAAAGGUGACUUGCUGGCCAGUUACAUGGUCAAUAUCUUCUUCAGGAUUUUACUGGAGAUAUCAUUUAUAGUGGGUCAGUAUUACUUGUAUGGGUUUAUUCUGGACCCCAAGAUUGAAUGCAGCAGAGCUCCCUGUCCGUUCACUGUAGAAUGCUUCAUGUCACGACCAACAGAGAAGACCAUCUUCAUCAUCUUCAUGCUGGUGGUUGCCUGUGCAUCUCUGCUGCUGUAUGUGGUGGAGAUAUUCUAUCUGAUCUGCUCCAAGUGUGGUUCUGGCUCAAGAAGACGAGCCAAAGCAGUUCCAGCCAUUGCAAUCCACAGCUGUCUGGAUGGAGGCAGUAUGAUGCAGAACGAGAAGAUGAGUCUUCAUGCAACUGGUCACAGCACAGCCUGAAGUCACUGAUCACCAAUCAACUAUUGUUAACACUAUUGACAUUUCUGUUGAUAUACAGAGGAAGAAUGCCACUGAAACUGUCAGCCCUACAAUAAUGCAGGGUCUUAAAGGCCCAGUAAAGUCAAAAACGUGAUUUGCCUGUGUUUUAUAUGUAUUUUCACACUAUGAGGUUUGACUAAUGCAGUGAACUUGUGAGAAUGAUGAUAAUGCCCUUUCAGUGGAAGAGCUGUUUGAAAUGGCUGCCUGAAAUUGGAGUUUGGAUGAAGUUUUGACCUUCCACAGUGACAUCACCAUGUGGUAAUUAGUUAAAUAGACCAAUAAGAAAGAGAGUUCCAAACGUUGCUGACAAUAACAGCUCAUUUUCAGUUUCCCCCUCCCUACUCAGACCACGCCCAGACAGACCUAGCAAAAUUAUUGCUUGAGAAAUUGCUCUUUGCUAAGAAGUUAUUUUUGUUUCUUUUUGACCAUUUACAUUGAAAACAAUCACAGUACGGUACUUCAUUGAAAUGAUUUGAUACUGAGAUAAAAACAGCUGCAUUGGACCUUUAAGAUUAUUGUUAGGCUUGGCUUGAUUCCGUAAGUUUAUUUAUUUUAAUUUUACCAUUAUUUAACUAGGCAAGUCAGUUAAGAACAAAUUCUUAUUUUCAAUGUUGGCCUAGGAACAGUUGAUGACAAGCAAGGGUUAAUACAAUACAGUAGGUGUAGCAGGACUGAUGCUUUGAGCUUUGAUGAUGUGCACUAGGAGCAACUUAAUUUUCAGCAGUCUUGUUGUCACUCCUCAGUGAGCUAGUCACCGCAGGGUCUUUCUCUAAUGAGGUGUGAACCUUGAUAUAAUGUGAUUCAUCAUACAUUGUUUUGGUUAUUGAACCCACGCUGUCCUAAAGUGACACAAAAAAUUGUUUCAGAAAAUAUUUGUAACUUCAUCAUGUGAAUAUGUCAAUUUGAUUUUGUAAUUGAUUUAUGUUUUUGUAAAAAAAAAUGAAAUGUGAGCGUUGACUUGAGUGUAUUUUAUGUUAUAAGAUGAGGAAAGACGAGAAAUAAUAUACACAGGGGACUGGUGAGAUGUUUUUUCUCUAUAUGUACAUUAUAUAUAAAAAAGUAAAUUGUCCAGCAAAACAGGACUUUGAUGUGUACUGUAUAUUAUAUCAGUGAUUUAAUAGACCAAAACAUAAGACGUAUACACAGCAUAGUCUUCAUGGGUCAAGAGGUCAAACAAACUUCUCAUGGUUAUUGACCAUAACAAGUAUGUGUGCAAUGAGGCUGUCCACUUGGCACACACUGGUUGAAUCAACAUUGUUUCCACGUCAUUUCAAUUAAAUUACGUUGAAUUGAUGUCUGUGCCCAGUGGCUGUAGUCUACACACUGUAUGUAUAUCUGCAGGAAUGUACAAUAAUAAUAUUGAGUCAAUUAUGGUUGAAUUGUAGGAGACGCAAUUAUAAGUACUUCAUCAGUUAGAUUUCAAUGAGGUGACAUUUUCAAAAGUUAAUCAUCUAUGUACCAAUCAGUGAAAGUUUGCUUUUGCUACAUCAUGAAAAAAUGUGUCAGUCUACUGCUGCAUAUGUGAAGAGAAAUGAUGUAACAUUAUAAAACUCAGUGAACUCAAAUUUGAUGCUUGAUAUAUGACUGCAUGGAUCCAGACAAGCUAAUCUGUGUAUGCAACAAAUAAACUUUGAUUUGGUUUGUU